AUGUUGGCAGGCCAGGAAACCUCACCGCAGCGCCGGCGCAGAAAGCCAGAUUUCGCGCCCUCGUACGGCGUCGACAAGCGUCGGGAGCGCGGUACGCAGCCUCUCCUCCAGUGCCCUGCAACGCUUCCAGGACGACGAGCAGAGGUCUCAUGUGGGCAGCGCUGCGCCAGUGGCGUCUUCCCUCGGCUUGGUCAGCGUGCCAUCAGACGUGGUGCGCGAAGGCCAGGGCUUCUUCGGAUCCCUUUCGCACCAAGCAUUGGUCGAGAGCCGAUCUGCACAGAGCCCUUCAGCCCGAAUUACCGGAGCAACCACAUUGGUAUGGAAGAGAGGCCGGGGCCUGGCUGGGACUUCACCAACGCAGGUCUUUCUGCUCUUCGACUUCCCACCCAGGCUGCCGAGGGCCACGUGGCGGAAUUUGCGAGGACCUGCGCUCUGCAGUCAAGGACCAGCAUUCGGGCAUACGAAGGUCAGCGGCGAGCACUUCCCCUUCGUGAGUGGUCCGAAGUUCAGAAUGUGUCCCGACACCGCGAGACAAUGCUGCGCGACCUCCAUCAAAAGAGCAACCCGGACAUUGUGAAAGCAGUGGACCGGCCUGUACCGCCUGUGCCGGUGCGACCCUUCCUGCCUUUCCAG